UAAAAUGAAAUUGACCAACAGAAAAUAAACAGAAACCAACUUACAAAAGUGGAGAAAAUGACAGAAACUCAACCAAGAAACUGAACGGAAUUGCAAAGGGUAGCAAGCUGCAGCCUUUUUCUCCUUUUCUUUUUUAUUCAUCUGAUAUUCUCCUUAAUUUCUUCAAUGUUUUCUGAAAUAAACCAAAUAUAUACAAAUUCUCUCUCAAAUUAUGAGGCUGCUCUCAAAGACGUUCCGAUCCAUAAAGCCUUUGAGCUCGAAAAAAUCAAAAUCCUCACCGUCCUCGUCUGACCCAUCAACACCAUCAUCGUCACCCAUAUCGAGAAUAUCAAAAGCGAAAACGAGCUUAAAUUCAAGAUCAAGAUCUUGGUGUGUGUAUCUUAUCCUUUCCACCAACGCCCCCAUCAAAACAUAUGUUGGUGUCACCAACAAUUUCUCUCGCCGUUUAAAACAACAUAAUGGCGAACUUAAAGGUGGUGCAAAAGCAUCUCGUGCAGGAAGGCCAUGGAUUUGUGCAUGUAUAAUUCGAGGUUUUAAUGACCAAAGUGAAGCUUGUGAGUUCGAAUCAAAAUGGAAAAGUCUGUCAAGAAAAAUGCCUCGGAAAGGAAAGAGCGAUGACACUGUGAAGCAGAGUGUUGAUGGGUCGCAUGCACUAUUGCAACACAGGCAGACAGCUCUAGGUAGAGUUAAAGGCUCAUUUGAUUGCAAUCACUUAGAGAUUGAUUGGAAAUUGAAUCCUUUCUAGUUUGAAAUGUAUAAUGGUGCUGGCCAUAUUUUUUCAAACUGUAGCUUAUAGUCUAUUCAAUAUUUAUGGUAGCCAAAAUAUUGUGUAAGGUGUGAAUAAUGUGAUUUUUCACUUAUAACCAAAUCAGAGAUGAUUGUUAUAUUAGUUAAAAAACAAAAACAGAAAAAAGAAUUAUUGUCCGCUUGCAAAUUGUAGUGUUGGAUAGCAAAGGGCUUAUGCAUAUGUGAGGGCCGGUGAAAUGUACUAUUUCUGUUGUCUUAAUGAAUGAGAAGUGUGUAUAUUUGGAAUGCA